GUGUAAGGGAAGGUGAAGGUCGUAUACCCCACAUGUAAACACGAAAUAAUGUGCAAUAUUUUAUAGCCAACGAAACCAAAGUAAUAGGUCUUUUGAGAUCAACAUCAAGAAAUAUGGUAAAAGCAAAAAAGAAAGUGCCAGUCGCCUCUAAGGAGGAACUGAUGAUGAUGACGGUUUCUGAAAUUGUCAACGAAUUAAUCAAGGCUGAUCAGGAAGGGAAAGACAUCAACCUUAAUAAAGUAAAAACAAAGAUAUCUAGUAAAUAUGGACUACCAAGUCAGCCACGAUUAGUGGAUAUAAUUGCUGCGGUACCCAACCAAUACAAAAAAGCAUUGCUACCAAAACUGAAAGCCAAGCCAGUUCGUACAGCCAGUGGGAUAGCUGUAGUUGCUGUUAUGUGUAAACCUCAUCGAUGUCCUCAUAUUGCUAUGACAGGAAAUAUUUGUGUAUAUUGUCCUGGCGGUCCAGAUUCUGACUUUGAAUACUCGACACAAUCUUAUACAGGUUAUGAGCCGACAUCAAUGAGAGCUAUAAGAGCUCGUUACAAUCCAUAUUUACAGACUAGACAUAGAGUGGAACAGCUACAACAACUAGGACAUAGUGUAGAUAAAGUAGAGUUUAUUGUAAUGGGAGGAACGUUUAUGAGUUUACCAGAAGAAUAUAGAGAUUAUUUUAUUAGAAAUUUACAUGAUGCUCUGUCUGGUCAUACUAGUUGUAGUGUUAAUGAAGCAGUCAAGUUUUCAGAGAAAAGUAGAACGAAAUGUAUAGGUAUUACCAUAGAAACCAGACCUGAUUAUUGUCUAAAGAAACAUUUAAGUGAUAUGUUAAAUUAUGGAUGUACACGUUUAGAAAUUGGAGUACAAAGUGUAUAUGAAGAUAUUGCCAGAGAUACUAAUAGGGGUCAUACAGUAAAAGCUACAUGUGAAUCCUUUCAAAUGUCUAAAGAUGCUGGUUUUAAAGUUGUAUCACAUAUGAUGCCUGAUUUACCUAAUAUUGGUUGGGAAAGAGAUAUAGAACAGUUUAUUGAAUUUUUUGAGAAUCCAGAUUUUAGACCAGAUGGUUUGAAGAUUUAUCCCACUUUAGUUAUCAGAGGAACAGGUUUGUAUGAAUUGUGGAAAACAGGAAGAUAUAAGAGUUAUCCCCCUAGUGUCCUUAUUGAUCUAGUUGCUAGGAUACUGGCACUAGUACCACCAUGGACACGAAUCUACAGAGUUCAGAGAGAUAUACCGAUGCCUUUAGUAACAUCUGGUGUUGAACAUGGUAAUUUACGAGAACUAGCUUUAGCCAGAAUGAAAGAUUUAGGAACACAAUGUCGUGAUGUUAGAACCCGAGAAGUUGGUAUACAGGAAAUACACCACAAAGUUCAACCAUAUGAGGCGGAACUAAUUCGAAGAGAUUAUGUUGCUAAUGGAGGCUGGGAAACAUUUUUAUCAUAUGAAGAUCCUGAACAAGACAUUUUGAUUGGUUUAUUGAGGUUACGUAAAUGUUCGGAGGAUACAUUCCGCCCAGAAUUAACAGGUGGUUGUUCUGUAGUUAGAGAAUUACAUGUUUAUGGAAGUGUAGUACCAGUACAUGCUCGUGAUCCUACAAAGUUUCAACAUCAGGGAUUUGGUAUGUUAUUAAUGGAAGAAGCAGAAAGAAUAGCAAGAGAAGAACAUGGUUCAUGGAAAAUGGCUGUUAUUUCCGGUGUUGGUACAAGAAAUUAUUAUAGAAAAAUUGGAUAUGAAUUAGAAGGACCAUAUAUGACUAAAUUACUUAACAAAGCUGAGGAAUAAACAUUGACUGGAUAGCCAAGUAAUUAAAUUCAACAGCUAUUGGCCAAAACUUGAUAUCAUUCUAGAUCUGUAGAACCUGAAUAUGUAUUACAAAGCUGCACUCAAAUAAUCUCAAAAUCAAGAUAUUAAUAUACAAAAUGAUGGCAGAUCUAGUGUGUGUGUGUGGGGGGGAUCCGGCUCACGACCUCCCCUCCUCCCCCCUGUCCCAUCUGGAUUUCUAAUUAAGAAAGCCCCCAUUAUAAUUCAUUAUUUUAGAACCAGAUUUUUGUCUCAGAUCAUUGUAAAUGGCAUUUCCAGUCUUCUAGAUUUACAAAUUUUCCGGGGAAGGACACUCGUACCCUCCGUUGUGCGCAUUGCACCCAUGGCACUCGCAGCAUGGGCCCCCUUAUCCAUGGUCUCUAGAUCCGCCAUGGCUUACUUAUUAUAAUCAUGUUACAUCUCUCUGUAAAAGUGCGAGAAAAAAAUGAAAUAUUGUUUUUGAUGACAUUGAUAUAUAUGUUAUUCUAUAUAAAAUAUUGUACAAAUUAUUAUGUAAUAUAUAAUUAAACCCUU